AUGUCUACGAUCGGUCACAAGUUUCGCGGUUUGCUGCAGCAUCCGUACGAACCAUUGUUUUUCCCGAAAAAUGAAGGCCAACUGUUGUUCGAUUUGCCCGAACGAUUCUUCACCGAGCGCUACCGUCCUAUCGGGCCAAAUUUGACCAAUCGGUUUAGUACUACACUGUCGGCUGGAGGCGCCGAUGGGACCGGUCCGGCUCCGCAACGCGUUGCCAUACCGGACAUUCCGGAGCCCAACCUUAAGUUUGCGGAAGACGUUCCCCGGCGGGGCGCAUUUUCCCUGUUCAUCCCGAAGCACCGGCGGAUCGCGGGACAGUUGAUCGAAUUUUUCCUGUCGCAGGCUGACGCUGACUCGCUAGUAGCAGUGGCCGCGUUUGCCAGGGAUCGGCUGAACGGUCCCCUGUUCCAGUACUCGCUGUCGACCGCGCUUCUCCAUCGCAGCGAUACGGAAAGUGUUCCCGUUCCCUCCUUCCUGCACCUCUUUCCCGACCAGUUCGUCGAUCCAGCCGUCUUUCCUAGGAUGCUCGAAGAAGGUCGUGCCGUCCUUGAACCGAACCGGAUGGCUGUGGAUAUUCCACUAAAUUACACGGCUUCGGAUAGAAUCACGGAACAGCGAAUGGCCUACUUCCGAGAGGACAUCGGCGUUAACCUGCAUCACUGGCACUGGCAUUUGGUGUAUCCAGCAGAAGGCCCACCUAGUAUCGUGCAGAAGGAUCGACGUGGCGAGUUGUUCUACUAUAUGCACCAACAGCUGGUGGCCAGAUAUCAAAUCGAUCGAUUCUGCAAUGGGCUGGGAUUCGUGGCGGCGCUCGAUAGUUUGCGAGCUCCGAUAGCGGAGGCUUACUAUCCGAAAAUUAUACGCAGUGCCAACAACCGCACCUACCCUGCACGGUACCGGAACAUGACUCUGGCGGACGUCGAUAGACCGGACGAUGAGCUGAGGGUAGUAAUCAGUGACGUGGAACAACAGCUACAGCGCGUGAUGGAAGCUAUCGAUGAAGGAUGGGCAGUCAUGCCCAGCGGCCAACGCGUACCCUUGGACAACUUCAGAGGAAUCGACAUUCUGGGCAAUAUUGUCGAAAGUUCCGCAAUCUCGAUCAAUCACCGCCUGUACGGGGACACGCACAACAGUGGCCACGUUUUGCUCGCGUUCAUCCACGAUCCGCAGGGCGAGUAUCUGGAAAGUUUCGGUGUGAUGGGCGAUGUAACGACGGCAAUGCGUGAUCCGGUCUUCUACCAAUGGCACCUCUACGUGGACAGUAUUUUCCAACGGCACAAGAACCGCUUCUCGCCGUACACGGCCACCGACCUGUCGAACCCCGGGGUGACCCUCGUAAAGUUCGAAACGGAGCUCGACAGGCAGCCGGCGGCGAAGAACAUGCUGCUAACCUUCUGGCAGCGAUCGCAGGUCGAUCUGGGAGCCGGACUGGAUUUCGGUCCGGAAGGAAAUGCCUUCGUUACCUUUACGCACCUGCAGCAUGCAGCGUUCAACUAUCGCUUCCAGAUAACCGUGUCCGGGCCGGUACGGGACGCCACGAUCCGUAUUUACCUUGCUCCUACGCGCAACGAACGCGCAAGACCUCUGUCGCUGGAGGAGCAACGGCGCAAUGCAAUCGAAAUGGACACGUUCCGGGUGAGCUUGAAAUCCGGUGUGAACAACAUACUUCGUCGAUCGGCUAACUCGAGUGUUGUAAUCCCCUACGAACGUACCUUCCGAAACGUCGCCCAAUCUAACGUAGGCGAUGCGUCUUUCCGGUUCUGCGGCUGCGGAUGGCCCUCGCAUAUGCUCGUUCCCAAAGGAGACGCGUUCGGAGUCGAGUACGACCUGUUUGCGAUGGUGUCAAACUAUGCCAGCGAUAAAGUUGAUCCUCAAUUCGAUGAAAAAAUGGGAUGCAAUGACUCACACUCGUUCUGCGGUUUGAAGGACAGGACGUAUCCCGAUGCGCGCAAUAUGGGCUUCCCGUUUGAUCGCCGCUUUCCCAAUGCGGUCAGGUCGAUGGCCGACUUUGUAGCGCCUUAUCAAAACAUGCGCUUGGCGAAGGUAACGGUGCGCUUUACGAACACAGUUGUAGCGCGAACCUAA